CUUCUAGGAUGAACCUGUUUUUCCUUCCCGGGAACGUAUCAUUUGCCAGUGAGUUUGUGUUGUUGGAAGGUUUUCUGCUAAAAUUCAAGAGAAUAUUUAUCAACAUGAUAAGCACAAGUACUGGAAAGGCAUCGCGAAAGUACUAAUUGGUAGAAAUCUUACACAGGGUAGGAUUUAGUUUCCCGUAACUUCUGAACCAAUGGAGAGAAAAUGGGAAGCAAAACUGAAGCAAAUUGAAGAACGAGCAGCUUGUUACGAGAGGAAACCAUUGUCCUCAAUAUACAGACCGAGAUUGUCCAAGCCAGAAGAACCACCUUCCAUUUGGAAACUAUUCCAUCGGCAAACUGAAGCCUUUAAUUUUGUUAAAAGCUGUAAAGAGGAUGUUCAUGUAUUUGCUUUGGAAUACAAAGUGGGUGAUGGACAACGUAUUUAUCUGGUAACAACCUACACUCAACUUUGGUUUUACUAUAAAUCCCGAAAAAAUCUCUUACACUGCUAUGAAGUCAUUCCUGAAAACGCUGUGUGCAAGCUUUAUUUUGAUUUGGAAUUUAACAAACAUGCGAAUCCUGAAGCUGAUGGGAAAAAGAUGGUUGCGUUACUCAUCGAGCAUGUUUGUAAGGCACUUCAAGAACUAUAUAGGGUUAACUGUUCAGCCGAAGAUGUUUUCAACUUGGAUUCUAGCACCGAGGAAAAAUUUAGCCGCCAUCUAAUAUUUCAGCUCCAUGAUGCGGCAUUUAAAGAUAACAUUCAUGUUGGUAAUUUUGUGAGAAAAAUAUUGCAGCCUGCUUUUCACUUAAUUGCCAGUGAAGACGAUAGUAUUUCAGAGAAAACGGGCCAUGGGUUUUCCCAUUUUUCUGAAACCCCAAUUAAACAAGGAAUUUCCUUUGGCAAAAUGUCCCCAGAUCAGGAUGGAGGAGAGAGCUGGACGUUGAAUUCAGAGGAACUGGAGAGGCUGGGGUCAGCUAAGCAAAGCAGUCCUGAUCUUUCAUUUUUAGUUGUGAGGAGUAACACAGGAGAAAAGCAACUUUUUGUAGACCUGGGAGUUUAUACAAGAAAUAGAAACUUUCGGCUGUAUAAAUCAUCGAAGAUAGGGAAGCACGUGGCUUUGGAGAUUGCUGAAGAUAACAAGUUUUUUCCUAAACAUUCGGAGACUGUAUCUGAAGAAAAUCAAUGUUUCCUGUCUUCUUUGGUCAGCAAUGUCAGAUUCUCAGACACUUUACGAAUUCUGACAUGUGACACAUCUCAAAAUAAAGAAAAACGAAUUGAAUGUUUUAGCAGCACCAACACUAAAGCAGAAAACAUUGAGGGUUUUCAUUGUUCGCCCUACCCUGAAAUUGAUCAAUUUGUUCUUUCUUUGGUGAAUAAAAAUGGCAUUCAAGGAGGAAUUCGGCGUUGGAGCUACUUUUUCCCAGAAGAGUUACUGGUUUAUGAUAUUUGUAAAUAUCGCUGGUGUGAAAACAUCAGAAGAGCGCACAAGAGCAAUAAUAUCAUGAUUUUGGUUGAUCUGAAAAAUGAAGUUUGGUAUCAAAAAUGUCAUGACCCUGUAUGUAAAGCAGAAAACUUCAAAUCGGACUGUUUUCCAUUACCUGCUGAAGUUGGUCUCCUGUUUCUGCUCAAGGAGGAAGAAGAGUUCACAGCAACUGAAACAAUGAACAGUGAAACCGAGAAUCCUCAUAAACCACCAUCUAGUACGUUGUCAAAAGGUGUAGCUUCUGAUGCUGACUGGGAUAAUGGCAUUGAUGAUACUUAUUUUUUGGAAGCUACCGAAGAUGCUGAAUUAGCAGAAGCUGCAGAGAAUGGCCUUCUCAGUUAUUAUAGUGGAGUGGAUGAAAUUCCUGAUGAACUAAUUUUGCAAGUAUUGCAAGAGUAAUUAACUCUGGACUGGUAUAUAAGUAGGCUGUAAUUUUGCCUGAAGGCGGUUUAGUAACAUAAAUAUAUUGUUAUAGUAACUUUUUAUUAAAACCGUCUAUAUCAACUAA